GGGUGAGGGCUGCUGGGGGGCGGCUGCUGGCGGCAGCGCCGGGGGAAGGGGGGGCUCGGCUCGGCGGUCCGCGACCCCCCGUCCCCAUCCCCGCCCCGUCCCGGCGGCUCCCGGCGCCGCGGCUGCCCCCGCACCGGCCAUGCCGGGGCCUCGCCGGGACCGCCCGGCCGUGCUGCUGCUGCUCGGAGCUUUGCUGGCGGCCGAUCUCUACUUCCACCUCUGGCCGCGGGCGCGCCGGGAGCUGGCCGCGGGCAGCCCGGGCUGUCCGUGCCGCCGCCGCCGCCCCGCGCCCGCCGCUGCGCUCCCGCCCCGCUCCCGCAACGCCUCCGCGCUCCGCCGCCUCUUCGCCCACCCGCUGUACCGGCCCCCGGCCGCGCCGGGCCCCGCCGAGCCGCUGCUGCCCGCCCGCGAAGCCCUGCGCUACUACCGGCGGAAAGCGGCUCGCUGGAACAGGAGACACAAGCUUUACAGGGAGGAGCUCAACCUCACCUCGCCUGCAGCCCCGCUGCUGCUCCGGCCAGAGGCCAGCUGGCUGCAGUUCCACCUGGGCAUCACCCGGGAUGGGCUCUACCCUCGCUCCAGCCCCACUGUCAGCAGGCUCCUGCGGGACAUGAGGGACCUCACCACUAUCAGUGCUGACUACAGCCAGGAUGAGAAAGCGCUGCUGGGAGCCUGUGACUGCAGCCAGAUCGUGAAGCCCAGCGGGGUGCACCUGAAGCUGGUCCUCAGGUUCCAGGACUUUGGGAAAGCCAUGUUCAAGCCCAUGAGGCAGAAACGUGAGGAAGAGACCCCUGAGGACUUCUUCUACUUCGUGGACUUCCAGCGGCACAACGCCGAGAUCGCCGCCUUCCACCUGGACAGGAUCCUGGAUUUCCGGAGGGUGCCGCCCACGGUCGGGAGAUGGAUCAACGUCACCAAGGAAAUCCUGGAGGUCACCAGCAAUGAGAUCCUGCAGAGUGUCUUCUUUGUCUCCCCAGCCAGCAACGUGUGCUUCUUUGCCAAGUGCCCCUACAUGUGCAAGACAGAGUAUGCAGUGUGUGGGAACCCUCACCUCCUGGAAGGGUCCCUCUCUGCCUUCCUGCCAUCCCUCAACCUGGCACCACGACUCUCCAUCCCCAACCCCUGGAUCCGCUCCUACUCGUUUGAUGGAAAAGAGGAGUGGGAAGUGAAUCCACUCUACUGCAACACAGUGAGGGAGAUCUACCCCUACAGCAACGGCAACCGGCUGCUUAACAUCAUUGACAUGGCCAUAUUUGACUUCCUAAUAGGGAACAUGGACCGUCACCACUACGAAAUGUUCACCAAGUUUGGGGACGAUGGCUUCCUCUUGCACCUGGACAAUGCCAGAGGGUUCGGGCGCCAUUCGCACGACGAACUCUCCAUCCUGGCACCGCUGUCCCAGUGCUGCACCAUCAAGAGGACGACGUUGUUACGGCUGCAGCUCUUGGCCCAGCCCGAGUACCAGCUGAGUGAGGUGAUGAGGGAAUCCCUGCUGCAGGACCCCCUGGCACCCAUCCUCACCGAGCCUCACCUCCUGGCUCUGGACAGGAGGUUACAGCUUAUCCUGAAAGCUGUGAGGAAAUGCAUAGACACCUAUGGAGAAGCCAAGGUGGUGGCCAAUGACACCACACAGCCCGAGGCUGCUGCAUCCCACAGAGUGAAGCUGAGCACUUAAACAGUCCUUAGCUCGUGCUCAGAGGGAGGGAAAACAACCCCUGCAAGGCAAAGCAGCAAGUUUUCAUUCCCACCUACAGACACUUGCAGAGACUGAAGGGGGAGAACCCUUCAGAAGACCUUCAGCAGUCACCCUGGGCUGCUUUGCCGGGUGCUCAACCAAAGCUUCUGCGCUUGGUCAGCGUGUUGGUAAGGGGUGGUCUGAGUGCAGCAGCCCUUGACAGCCUGACCACCAGCUCUGGGGGAUGAACAGCAGGAGUCUCCUGCUCUGGAGGUGGUCAUGCCCUUGGGAGGGCAGGGGAAGGUGUGGCCAUUGGCUUGCUCAGCCUGCACAGGGUCUCAGCAGUGAAAGACAAACUGGAUGCGAGGAUGAGGCUUGAAUAAAGAGAUGGCAAGAGCACAUUCCUCUGA